CCUGGACCAGGGGGACAUCUGAGAAGCAUUAUGUUGAAUGCCAGAUAGCUAGGUUUCCAAAAUUGGGUUGGUUGCUGGAGUCUGUCCCCUCAACUCCUGAAUUGCUGGGAGGAGUAGCAGUUUGGGGCAUGCAUGCAUGGAGCUGGGGUUGAGCUUGGACCACCCCAAGACCAGGGGUGGAUCUUAGGUCAGCUUGACCCUAGGGUCUCAAGAAUCCUGACACCACCCUCUACCGCCACACUUCCCAGCUGUCAGCCUUGGUCUCCAUCUGGUUCCUUGGGGGUGUGGCCUCUGCAUCCUGCCACCACCCUUCCUUGUCUAAACCUUCCCACCUGAGUGGAGAGGAACUUGGGGGGGAAAUGUAAGCAUGGGCUCUUCCUAUCCCCUAGGGUUAGUGGUGUGUUGGCGGGGGAGAGGGGGGUUUCCUUGGAGCAAGGUACCUUAAUAUGGGAACUUUGGGUCUGAAAGCAGCUCAAGCCUUCCAAAGCCCCAAGCUGCCCUGUACUAUUUAGGGCACCUCCUCCUGGAGACAGCGACUCUGGUAGAUGGGAAGUUGGAUGCACCAAACCUGUGUGCGGUUGGAGAGGCGGCUUCUGCCAGACCCUCUCCCGGGCCUUUCCUGCCACCCAGCUCCUCCCCAGGCACACUGAGCUCCAGAUCAGGAAAGGGCCGAAAAGGACGAGCAGGGCAGCCACAGAAGGGGCGGCCCUGCGUGGGACGGAUCCCUCUGCGCGCCUGGUCACCCAGAGGGAAGGGAAGGGGCCUCCGGCGCGCGGGGCGGUGUCGCGCAGGCCCCGCCCCGCCUGCCCGCGCCGCCCAUUGGUCCCGAGCGCGAUGACUUGCGGGCGGAGCAGGAAGGAAACCGCUCCCGAGCACGGCGACGGCGUCGUCUCCCGGCAGUGCAGCUGCCACUACUGCCGCUCUCUGCCCGCCGGCCCGUCUACCCCCAGCAUGAGCGGCCUGCGCGUCUACAGCACGUCGGUCACCGGCUCCCGCGAAAUCAAGUCCCAGCAGAGCGAGGUGACCCGAAUCCUGGAUGGGAAGCGCAUCCAAUACCAGCUAGUGGACAUCUCCCAGGACAACGCCCUGAGGGAUGAGAUGCGAGCCUUGGCGGGCAACCCCAAGGCCACCCCACCCCAGAUUGUCAACGGGGACCAGUACUGUGGGGACUAUGAGCUCUUCGUGGAGGCCGUGGAACAAAACACGCUGCAGGAGUUCCUGAAGCUGGCCUGAGUCAAGCCUGUCCAGAGUUCCCCUGCUGGACUCCAUCACCACACUCCCCCAAGCCUUCACCUGGCCAUGAAGGACCUUUUGAACAACUCCCUGUCAUUCCUACCCUAACCUUAGAGUCCCUCCCGCAAUCCAGGCCACUUCUCCUCCCUCCUCUCUAAAUGUAGUCCCCUCUUCUCCAUCCAAAGGCAACAUUCCUUACCCAUUAGUCUCAGAAAUUGUCUUAAGCAACAGCCCCAAAUGCUGGCUGCCCCCAGCCAAGCAUUGGGGCCGCCAUCCUGCCUGGCACUGGCUGAUGGGCACCUCUAUUGGUUCCAUCAGCCAGAGCUCUGCCAAAGGCCCCGCAGUCCCUCUCCCAGGAGGACCCUAGAGACAAUUAAAUGAUGUCCUGUUCCAUUGGCA